AUGAAGAAGCGCUAUGUGGUGGCUGGAGUCCUGACUGCAGCCCUGCUGGGACUCAUCCUGUUCCUGGGACUCUUCUAUGGGCUGCGCACUGGUGCAGGGGACACACACACUUACAAGAGGGCGGCUGUGGCUACGGACGCGGGGCAGUGCUCAGUAAUUGGAAGGGACAUCCUUCAGCAAGGUGGAUCAGCAGUGGAUGCAGCAAUUGCAGCUCUGCUUUGUGUAGGACUCAUGAAUGCCCACAGCAUGGGCAUUGGAGGGGGCCUCUUCUUUACCAUCUACAACAGCACAGGAAAUGUGGAAAUCAUUAAUGCAAGAGAAGUGGCUCCGAAAAAAGCAUCUGAGGACAUGUUUGGGAACGACACACAGCUGUCUCUGAAAGGAGGACUGUCCAUUGCUGUUCCAGGAGAAAUCCGUGGGUAUGAACUGGCUCACAAACGUCAUGGCAAACUGGCAUGGAAAGACCUGUUUCUGCCCAGCAUCAAGUUGGCAAGAGAAGGAUUCCCUAUUGGGAAAGGCCUUGCAGCAGCCAUCAGAUCAAGAGAGGAGGCUAUUGAAAGCAAUCCCUCACUGUGCGAAGUGUUCUGCAGUGGAGGGAAAAUUCUGCAGGAGGGCGAUAUCGUCAAGAUGCCUAAACUAGCCAACACAUACGAGACUAUCGCCAGUGAAGGAGCAGAUGCCUUUUACACAGGAAGCCUGGCCAAACAGAUCAUCGAUGACAUCCACAGUGUAGGGGGCAUUAUCACAUUGGAUGACCUGCAGGACUACAAUGCAACAGUGAUUGAAGACCCCAUAGAGGUCACACUUGGGGAGUUUACCCUCUACACGCCUAGUGCCCCCCUAAGUGGCCCAGUGCUAGCCCUCAUUUUCAACAUACUGAAAGGAUAUAACUUCUCUGCUGACAGCAUCAAAACCAUAGAGGAGAAAGGUCUGACUUACCACCGCAUUGUGGAGGCCUUUCGCUUUGCCUACGCCAAGAGGACUUUACUGGGAGAUCCGAAAUUUGUCAACAUUACAGAGGCGAUUGGAAACAUGACGUCCGAGUUCUUUGCGGAUAGUCUCCGGAGGAAAAUCACAGACAACACCUCCCAUCCAGUUGACUACUAUGAGCCAAUAUAUUACACUGGAGAUAAUGCCGGUACAUCCCACCUCUCCAUUGUGGCUGAUGAUGGCAGUGCUGUGUCCGCCACCAGCACCAUCAACCAAUACUUCGGCUCUGAUGUACGAUCCAAUGUGAGUGGAAUCAUAUUUAACGAUGAGAUGGAUGACUUCAGCUCACCUUACAUAAUCAAUGGAUUUGGGAUCCCUCCUUCACCAGCGAAUUUCAUAGCUCCAGGUAAACAGCCGGUGUCUUCUAUGUGCCCCUCCAUCUUGGUGGAUAAAACGAAAAAGGUCAGAAUGGUGGUUGGUGCUUCCGGAGGAACAAAAAUAACUACAGCAACAGCACUGACGAUAAUGAAUUCCAUCUGGUUUGGUUAUGAUGUGAAGAAAGCAGUGGAAGAGCCCAGAAUUCACGAUCAGCUGUUUCCCAAUGUCACGGAGCUUGAGCAGCAAAUAGAGGAGGUUUGUAUAGCUAGAGUCUGGGGAGCGUGUGAACUUCUU